AAGGGGAAACGCGUAUUUACUGGGAGGAAAGAGUGUUACCGGGACAGUAAAACGGUCAGAAACAUCGUCAGUAUCGGGGCUGGAGGUUGUGCGGAACUGUCCACCCGCCCCCUCAUUAUUGUAGCUCCGGGUCUUCCUCCCGGCGUACCUCUGGACCCCCUCUUCCGGCCCCCUCUCGCGCAUAGCGUCACAGGCCCCCAGUGCAUGCCGGGAGUCGUAGUCCUUUGCCGAGGCCGGCGGCGGCGGCCGUGAAGUCAUCGGUGGGCGCCGCGUAGCGCGGCAGGAAAGGGGAGCACGCGCGUGCCAUCGGCGGCUGGAGCCCAGGCCUCCCGUCGCGGCGCCCGCCCGACAUGCCCGAGGAGGCGGGCUUCCCGCCGGCCAAGAGGUUCCGGCCGGGCUGCGGGCCUCCCGGGGGGCGCGUGGUGAUGCUGCUGACCGCGGGCGGCGGCGGCGGAGGCCGGAGGCAGCAGUCGGCCCAGGCGCAGCCCGCGGCCAGCCCCUACCCCGAGGCGGUCGAGCGGCAGCGCCGGAGCCUGCCCAUCUUCCCGGCGCGGGGACAGCUGCUGGCCCAGCUCCGGAACCUGGACAGCGCCGUCCUCAUCGGGGAAACGGGCUCUGGGAAGACGACGCAGCUGCCGCAGUACCUCUACGAAGGGGGGAUCGGCCGCCAGGGCGUCAUCGCCGUGACCCAGCCUCGCCGAGUGGCCGCCAUCUCUCUGGCCGCUAGAGUCUCCGAUGAGAAGAGAACUGAGCUCGGGAAGCUGGUGGGCUACACGGUGCGCUUCGACGACGUGACCUCAGAGGACACCCGGAUCAAGUUCCUGACGGACGGCAUGCUCCUGCGAGAAGCGAUUUCCGACUCGCUGCUGCGCAAGUACAGCUGCGUCGUCUUGGAUGAGGCCCACGAACGGACUGUCCACACCGACGUGCUCUUCGGGGUGGUGAAGGCCGCCCAGAAGAGGAGAAAGGAGCUGGGGAAGCUGCCUCUCAAAGUGAUCGUGAUGUCCGCGACGAUGGACGUGGAUCUGUUCUCGCGCUAUUUCAACGGAGCUCCCGUCCUCUACCUGGAGGGUCGGCAGCAUCCCAUCCAGGUGUUCUUCACCAAAGAGCCGCAGCAGGAUUACCUGCACGCCGCGCUCGUCUCCGUCUUCCAGAUCCACCAGGAGGCCCCUGCUUCUCAGGACAUCCUGGUGUUCCUCACGGGGCAGGAGGAGAUUGAAGCCAUGAGCAAGACCUGCCGAGACAUCGCAAAGCACCUCCCGGACGGCUGCCCCUCCAUGCUCAUCCUUCCUCUUUACGCCUCCCUGCCCUACGCCCAGCAGCUCCGCGUCUUCCAGGGGGCCCCGAAGGGCUGUCGCAAAGUGAUCAUUUCAACCAACAUCGCAGAGACCUCCAUAACCAUCGCGGGAAUAAAAUACGUGGUUGACACAGGCAUGGUUAAAGCAAAGAAGUAUAAUCCUGAUAGCGGCCUGGAGGUACUCGCUGUACAGCGUGUGUCCAAGACCCAGGCGUGGCAGCGCACGGGCCGGGCCGGCAGGGAGGACAGUGGCGUCUGUUACCGGCUCUACACAGAGGACGAGUUCGAGAAGUUUGAGAAGAUGACCGUGCCGGAGAUCCAGAGGUGUAACCUGGCGAGCGUGCUGCUGCAGCUCCUGGCUAUGAGAGUCCCCGACGUGCUCACCUUUGACUUCAUGUCCAAGCCCUCUCCAGAUCACAUUCGGGCCGCGGUCGCCCAGCUGGACCUCCUAGGUGCUCUCGAACACAAGGACGACCAGCUUUCUCUGACUCCGGUGGGAAGAAAGAUGGCAGCUUUCCCUUUAGAGCCCAGAUUUGCCAAAACCAUCCUCCUGUCCCCCAAGUUCCACUGCACCGAGGAGAUCCUGACCAUCGUCUCGCUGCUGUCGGUGGACAGCGUUCUGUACAACCCUUCCUCCCGGCGGGACGAGGUGCAGGCCGUCCGCAAGAAGUUCGUGUCCAGUGAGGGGGACCACAUCACGCUGCUUAACAUCUAUCGGACCUUCAGGAGCCUAGGUGGAAAUAAGGACUGGUGCCGAGACAACUUCGUCAACAGCAAGAACAUGACGCUGGUGGCUGAAGUCCGAGCGCAGCUGAGGGACAUCUGCUUGAAGAUGUCCAUGCCGAUGGUGUCCUCCCGCGGGGACGUGGAGAGCGUCCGCCGCUGCCUGGCGCACAGCCUGUUCAUGAGCGCGGCCGAGCUGCAGCCCGACGGCUCGUACGUGACCACGGACACCCGCCAGCCGGUGGCCAUCCACCCCUCGUCCGUGCUCUUCCACUGCCGGCCGGCCUGCGUCGUCUACACGGAGCUGCUGCACACCAGCAAGUGCUACAUGCGGGGCCUGUGCGUGGUGGACGCCGACUGGCUGUACGAGGCCGCCCCCGACUACUUCCGGAGGAAGUUGCGGGCCGCCCGCGACUGAGCCGCCGGGCCUGGGGCGGGAGCGCAGAGCCGCAGACCGCGCUUCUGUUUACGGGGUGGAAGCCGCAGGCCUGGGCGCUGCGUCCUCCGCGCUCCCGGGGACCCCCGAGCCGCAGUUCCCCGCCUGCCGCAUGGGGGCGUAGUAACAGCACUCGCAGGGUGGGGGGCCCGGGAGGCUUAGGUCCCUGCCGGCCUUCACGCCCCCGUGGGCUGCUCUCUAAUGUGAGGAUCCCCGGAGGCCUUGCGAUGGGGUUUCCCGGGAGGGGACUGGGGGGGUCGCAGAGCUCACAUGUGGUCCUUGGAUCUGGCCUGUCGUCCGCGGAUGUUUGAGGACGGAAGUGCUGUUGUCCCUUCCCUCCUGAACCUCAUGCCCCAGGGUGCCAACCUCCUCCUGCGGGAGGACCUGCGGGGAGCUGCUGGGGCAUCUGGAGGGGGAGGGGCGGAGGGCCGGCAGGGACCCAGACGCCCCUGGGGUUGUGCUCUUGCAUCGCAUUUGUUGUCUCGGCGCCAGUUCCUUCUUGGGGAUGAGGGGACACAGCCCGGUUUUGCUCCUUCAUCUGCGAGCCGGUGUCCCCCCCCCACACCCGUUUGCACAUCUGUCAGAGGGAGUCCCAGGGUCUCCAGUCUCUUCCUGGCCUCCUGUUCUGAGAAGGGAAGAGACACCAAAGGUUUGUCUUCACUGUUUAAUUACCAAAAGCAAGUUAUUUUUUCCCAGAGAGUGUUUUUCCCCAAAAGAAGCCGAUUUAGCGUUUUUUUUGGGCUUCGUAGGUCUGAACACAGAUGUGCAGUAUGUCUGUCAUUCCUUACCUUGUGGGCCAUGCGGUUCCGAAGCCGGGCCACACUGCCUGCGGAGACCGCGGGCGGUCUUCACUCCUGGCAGGGUCCCUGGCCUCCCCUUCCCGCUGCUGUGCCACGUGUGGCCCGAGCCCCCCGGCGUGAGGCCAGGACGGUGUGUCCUGCACACCCCGUCUUCCCGAAUUCUUAGACUUUCAGUGGGCUGUUCCUCGCACCACCUCGUUCUUUACGGAUGUGGACUUUCUGACGAGUUUUUCAGAAAAAUUUUUAAGUGUAUUUUUUUCAAUUCUUAAUAGAGGCCUAGGAUGUUUAGCCUGACUGGCAAAAAAUACAUUGUAUUUUUUAAUAAAAUGUGAAUCGUGCUGGUAAAGAGUGGGGAGCGGGCGGUGACGGGCCUCAGCACGUUCCCUAGAGGCGUUCUCUGGGCUUCUCCAGGGCCAGGGCGCUCGUCCUGCUCAGCACCCGUCCCGAGCGGAGCCGGGUGAGCUUCCAACAGCUUUGUUUCUGCAGGAGGACAUGUCACUGCAACAUUCCCGCGGAAUUUUGAUACAGUCGUGUUUUUAUUGGGCUUUUUAAAAAGUUAAUUUUUAACUUAGCUGCUCAGGGAUUGAACCAGAUUGGAAACCCCAUUCUGCCUACGAAUUACUACCAAGAAUUAAACGGCUGUUUACACUGAGCUGCAGGGGCCACCGCGCUUUCUUAAGGUUCCGUGUCUCAUACUGAUGUCGCAGCAUGACCCGUGAGAAGACCUCUGGGGGAGGUGCUCUUCUCCAGCCUGUGCCAUCUCUCUGGGUGAAUCCCCAGCCCGCACGAGCGGCUUGGAGGAAGGAGAGGCCCCCCGUGUUCACGGUGUGCCGCCUGUCAGGGCGUGCGACCCGUCAGGGCGGCGCCGAGUCACCGCGGGGACCAAGUGCCAGCACCCAGUCCCUGAUAAAAACCCUUACUCGAGCGGCACCUCUGCUGGCUGUCUGGAGCGGGCCGCACAGGGCCCAGCUCUGCUCUCAGGUGCCGGGACGCGUCGCUCCGUGAGACCCCGCCGUCCACCAGGUCUUUACAGCCGGGGCGUGACGAUGGGAGUCCUCUGGCGAGCCGGACACGCCUCACCUGAUGGGAAGCAGGGGUUUAUGUUCUGAUUAGAGUAUUAGAACUUGCAGGGAAAAACCCACUUUGUUCAGGUUUUCGUUGUAUUUUGAGUCUGCUCUUGUUCGGACAGACAGCUGCACGGACAGCGGCUCUUGUAUAUAAUGCGCUUGGCACAGGACUGUCAGACCCAUUAAAGACGCACUUUGUCCAUGA